CGCCUCUCCGGUGCGUGCUGAGGUCAGGCUGGGCUGCGCUGCCAGCGCGGAGCAGUGGGGCUGAGGUCGCGGCAGACCCGGAGCCGCGGGGGCGGGCGCGGAGCUACGGCGAGCGCCUGGCUCGGGCCGGGAGCGGCUCCCUGCCGCCGGGAAGCCGCGGGGCUCGGCGGGGUCCUUCCAGCCGGCGGCAGCGGGAGAGCGGGGAGAGCGCGGAGCGGGGAGAGCGCGGAGCGGGGCGCCCGGCCCGCCCCGCCGACCCGCUCCUCCAUGCGGGCGGCGAGCGGGGCUGGGGCGCGGGGCGCCGGCGGCAGCGCGCAGCGGUGCUGAGGCCGCGAUCGGGAGAGACGAUGGCCAAAUGGCUGAACAAGUACUUCAGCCUGGGCAAUAGCAAGACCAAGAGCCCUCCGCAGCCUCCGCGGCCCGACUACCGGGAGAAGCGCAACGGUGCCGGCAGCGCGCCCCGCCCCGAGGGGCCGCCGCACCUCCACCUCCACCACCACACCUCGCCCGGCUUCUCUCGCCGCCGCCUGCGCGACGACACCAGCGACCUGCUCCGCGCCUACCGCGCCCAGAAGGACCGCGACUUCGAGGACCCCUACAGCGGGCCCGGCUCGUCCCUGCGCAAGCUGCGCGCCAUGUGCCGCCCGGACUACUCGGCGCCUGAGGACCUGGGCGAGGCAGCCCUCAAGGCUUCCUCCUCCUCCUCCUCUUCGUCGUGCUGCGCCACGCCUCCCACCACCGGCUCCCCGCACCUCUUCCGCAGCCACAGCGAGCGCCGCCCGGCGACGCCGCCCGACGUGAAGUACAUCUCCCCCAAGCACCGGCUGAUCAAGGUGGAGAGCGGCGCUGGAGGCAGCGACGGUGCGGGCAAGAAGCUCAGCAAGGGCUCCAAGCAGCCGACGGCUGCUGCCCCCUCUGCCAUGAAAGAUAAAGUAUUGAUAGCUGAUGACUACUCAGAUCCGUUUGAUGCCAAAAGUGAGUUGAACAGAAUGGGAAAAGGGGAGAACACUGGCUAUAUGGAACCAUAUGAAGCCCAGAGAAUAAUGGCUGAGUUUCAACAGCAGGAAAGCAUGAAGUCCCAUCAGAAAAACAUGCAGCUCUAUGACACACCCUAUGAACCAGAAGGCAGUGGUGUGGAAUCCGAUUCUGAAAGUGUGGUGAGUCGCCGUUUACGAGAAAGCAAAUUGCCACAAGAUGAUGACAGGCCUGCAGAUGAGUAUGAUCAGCCGUGGGAGUGGAACAAAGUCAGCAUCCCAGCUUUGGCAGCCCAGUUUAAUGGAAGUGGGAAACGGCAAGCAUCUCCUUCUCCCUCAAAUGACCAGCACAGGCAAUUAAGAGCACCUGGAGGAGGCUUUAAACCUAUCAAACAUGGCAGUCCAGAAUUUUGUGGGAUCCUGGGAGAGAGAAUAGAUCCAACUAUUCAACUGGAAAAGCAGAUAUGGUAUCACGGAGCAAUCAGUCGGACAGAUGCAGAAAACCUGUUACGUUUAUGUAAGGAGUGUAGCUACCUUGUAAGAAAUAGUCAAACAAGCAAGCAUGACUAUUCUCUUUCACUGAAGAGCAGUCAAGGUUUUAUGCAUAUGAAGCUGACGAAAACCAAAGAGAAAUACAUCCUGGGUCAGAACAGCCCUCCCUUCGACAGUGUUCCUGAAGUCAUCCACUACUACACUACAAAAAAGCUGCCCAUCAAAGGAGCAGAACACUUGUCGUUGCUCUACCCUGUGGCUGUACGGACUCUCUGAUAACCUAGUCUCACCCCUUCCUGUGGUUGGGAGGUGAGAGAUAAGCUGGGUUGCACAGAAUUCAUUGCCAGAAUUUAGAGCUUGAGUCUAUGAUGGACAGAGGCAGCAUUUAGUCUUGUGAAUGUGGGCUGCCUGCAGAGUUGUCUGUGGGACUGUGUGUGUGAUACACUUGUGCUGCAGCAUGCCUCUAGAGUUGUAUUGCUGCAUAAGAGAAAGAACACUUAUUUUAGUGCAAGGAGAGCAGAUAACCUUCCCAGACCUUCUAUGUGAAUGAAAGUGCUUCCCAACAAAGGUUCUUCCUUCAUGCUUUGAGAAGAAUCAACAAGUUCUUCUCAGCAGUAAAAAACCAACAACUUGUAUUCUCUUGCUACCCUGAGAAACUUCUCCAUGAGAAAGAGUAACCUUACUCUGAGGGGACCCUAGGGUGUUCUAGAUAGACCUGAGAAGGAGCUGCUUAGCAAGCAAGUCUCUGGCUCUGGUCACUUAGCUUGAUGGGUUUGGGAUUUUUUUAAUGCAGUUUCUUGGGGUAGUCAAAUAUUGAACUUCUAUUAGACACACAAUCUUAAAAUAGUUUUGUGAGAGCAAAUCACAGUCAAUUACUUAUGAAUAGGGGAUGUAAUUAAACAGUAGUUUGUUAUAUAUUUUUAUCCUUUUUGGUACAAUAAUCUCUUAAUGUUUACUGUCUUCAUUUGCAAGUUUCAUUUGUAGGUACAGGCAGCUAAUUCUGUUUGGGGCAGUUACACCAUAAUGUUUUAAGUAGUUAGGAUAAGUAAUUUUGACAUGUGGGUUAGUAUUUAUGCAUGAGGGUGGUCAAAGGCUUUUAUAAAGCUUUAGUAGGCGAAAUCUUCACUUGCUCAUUCAUCUGGAUCAAACAGCUGUCCUACUGAUGUAGCAGGUUAACUUGUGUAUCACACUGCCUUUCCACAAGAUGGCUUUUGCAGUUGUGAGAACUGCAGUAUGUAGCAGAGCAGAAUUUUGUUUUUCUGGCCUCAAUGGUCUGCCAAGGCAUUGUUAAGGCACAGCCCCACUGGCACAUACUUUCUGGCCAGUGCUCUUUUUCACCAUGAGCAGAAGCCUGCCUCCUGCUGUAUUUCAGUCACUGUCAGCCAGAAGCACUGGGGAAGCUGCUCUGUAUCUUAGUCCUGCCAAAUCAGUGCCCAUGCACUUGGGACAUAUUUUCUACAUGCUUUGUGUGCUCAUUCAGUGAGAUAAGUGAAAAAUUACAAUUGUACACAAGCUGGAACUGGGGGAUCUAUAGCCUUAUAGUCCUCAUGUUGUGCCAUCUCCCACAUACAUCUAGAAUGUUGUGAAUUAACCCAUCAGCUAGUAUAGUAGCAAACUGGUUAUAUGCAGGUUAUGUAUUUUACAGACAGCAAUAGGACUGUGAAAUUGUGUGCUAUUUAAUUCAGCUUUCUUAGCUACUACUAUUUUUUUAUGUAUGCUUAGAAAGAAGUGCAAAUCUGAAAAUUGUGAUGGAAUAACCACUUACUGCCUGUAAAAGUAGUUCUUCAUGGUAUUGUCUAAUCUGUUAAGAACCUCAAGGAUGACCCACAUACUCUCACUGGUGCUUCCUUUUAAGCUGCCUUAUUCUUUAAAUGGCAUCCAAUGCAGAUUGAACAGAAGUUGAUCAUAUGUGUGUGAAGAGCCCAGUGUCCUUCUGUGCAGCAAUGGCAGUGGGUCAAACUGUCUCACCCAGAAUUGGAGGCUGCAUUGAAAUAGGUUUUCUAGUUUUCCAAGGAGGGUGCCUCAGUGGAGGACAACAUUCCUGUCCAAAUGGAAACAAACAUCCCCUUUUCAUGUACUUGAUGCCUUGAGAAGGCUGACCUAGAACAGAGGCUAGACAGAGUUAAAGAAUAAAGUAGGUAUUUAUUGAAAGGCCUUAAAGGAUACACCUUGGGCAGUGUAAGAGCCUGGCCAGGGCUACACCCAAGAUGAACCCAAAAUGGUCACACAAUGGACCACCAGUCACAACAUCUCACAGUUUUGGUCCAUUAGCAUAUUGGAGUUACUUGUUCAGUUAUAGAUUUAGGUUAUGAAAUUCCAUCCUCCUUGUUUUCUCUCUUCAAUUCACUGUUGUUUAUACUUUUUGGGCCUGGAGCUUGUAACAGUUGACUUUGGUCAAGCUGGAAAAGGAAUUGUUUUGUCUACCUACCCUGUCAAGAGAACUUACCAACACUUAAUAUGAGGUUGAGAGCUACACACUAAAGCAGCACAGAAUCUGAAAAAUAUGAAAGCUAAAACUUAAGGCAUCAUAUUCACCUACCUGCUUUUUUUAUUUCCCUAAAGUCUUUACUCUCUUAACAUCACCCAGCUGACAAGAGCAUACAAGCACUUUUAAGUUAGUAUAUUCUCUCACCAGAGUAGGAGUUUAUGAAGGUGUCAGAGUUCACACAGAUUAGGAAUCAGGUGACAUCUUCUCUGAGUCUUGGCCUUUGUGGGCUCGAGCAUCACUCUCAUGCUCUUUGGGACAGAAAUAUGUGUUAUUUCUUCUUUUGCAUGUUGAAUUGGGCAUGAUUGCUGUUCCAUAGUCUGUUUUUAUUUAAAGGGAAAAAAAAAGUAUGCCCCUACUCUGUCUAACAGCAAUUACCAGUAGAAAACAAUAGCAUCAUUAACCAAGGCCUUGUCUGGCUUCCUUAAGCACUUUGUCUUUAAUUCAUGGGGAUAACUAUUGUACCAGACCUUUCUUGUCAUGGGUCUGAUCAAAAGUCAGACAAAGCCAGCAAGUGCCAUUUUAUCGCUGUCUGCAAAUUUUGGGUUGGGAUCUAUUGUUUCAUAUGAAUUAUAUGAAUGUGCAUCAUACAGAUGAAUAUACUGCUUAUUACAGCUUCAAGGAUCAGAUCAAGGUUCUUGGUUCAGUAAGAGGAAAUCAUCUCAGAAUGUUUUGGUUGUCCAUGGGAAGGUUUUUUAUUAUUUUUCUAAAAGACUUUUAGAAAGUACUCAGUAAUUGCAGAAUAAAUAAAACCAGGAUUUUGUUUGCACUGUAAUGUUGUCUCUGUUUAUUUAAGUGAUUGUAUGAUAUUUUUCCAGUGAAGGAAUAUUCUUCCCAGAUUUUUUUAAUGUACAGUGAAAAUGCGGUGUGUUAACAGUGUGUAGUAUUGCGUAUAGGUGGAAGAUCUUGUAGUGAUCAUGCCUAUAUUGCACAUUAAAAGUUUAUUUUAAAAAAAAA